AUGGCCAAGAGGAUCCUCGUCACCGGCGCCACGGGGAACCAGGGCGGCUCCGUGGCCAAGCUCCUCCUGCAAUACCCCGACAAGUACAAGGUCCGUGUGCUCACGAGGAAUCCCGAAUCCGAUGCCGCGAAACGGCUGGCCCAGCAGGGCGCCGAGGUUGUGAAGGGGGAUCUGACGGAUGCGUCGACGCUGGACGCAGCGUUCAGCGACUGUUGGGGCGCGUUCGUCGUCACGAACUUUUACGAUGCGACAAUCAAAGACGACCCUGCGAGCGAAGAACAGCAGGGCCGCAACGCCACGCUGGCGGCGCAGAGAGCCGGCGGCAAGCACCGCGUCGACCGCUUCAUCCGCGACGAGAUCAACUUCGACGCCGCCGUCUUCGUCUACACGGGCAAUUUCUACGAGAACAUGGUCCUACGAGGCCACGUCGUGAAGACGGACGACGGGAAGGGCAUCGAGUUUCGCCAGCCCAUCAUCCAGCAGGAUACGACGCUCCAUAUGGUGUGGGUCGAAAAGGACCUGUCCGGCAUUACGAAGGCGAUAUUUGACAACUGGGACGAGCGGAAGGAGCAGCUGAGAUACCAGCAUCUUUAUGCCAUGGACGCCGUUCAUACCCCUCGCGAGAUCUGCGAGGUUAUACAGCGCGUUACCGGUCUGCCAACGAAAUACGUGGUUCUCCCUACGACGGGCAAUGCACAGCGGGAUAUCAUGUUCACACUCUAUAACAAGACCGGCACCUAUCCUGGGGUGGUGCUGCCUGACCAAAAAGUACUGGAUCUGGGAGUACAAUUGCACGGACUGGAGCAAUUUGUGAACGAGAGGCUGGUACCGCAUUUGGGGCUGGGAUAA